AUGCUUAGGAUUAACUUUGCUUGUUUCUUAUAUUUUGAGGCAUUUAUAUCUUUUGAGUUAAUUUGGACUAGUCUCCAUACCAAAAAUAGCUUGCUUUGGAUCCCAAUUAUGUUGCAUUAUGUCGGGAUUAUUCUUAAGUUGGCACUGAUUAAAUAUUCAGAUUACAAAGUGCUAUGGAUUACAGGAGUAGGGAAUGAUGGGGUGAUCAUGGGAUUACUGAAUGGAGGGAAUCAGGAUCUAACAUAUUUAUAUGCAUAUUAGUUUGAAAUUUAUAGGUGCUCAUAUUGA